AUACGCAAAAGCGUAAAAGGGCCGAGGCGUUGCCGGGCAACGCGGGCGUCUUUUUGUUUGGGCGAUCGUCGUCUCGCGCGCACUCCUUCUCGGGCGCGACGGCGUCUUGCGUUUGGCACCCUCAGGCAUCCAUGACUCCAUGACUCCCGCACUUCGUCUCGUGACGGUAUCAAUACCUUCUCUGUCGUGCAUUUCCGCAGGCAGUCGCCCUCUCUCCGUCCCUCUCAUACGUACGGAUACCUCAGGCCGCCCGCUGAUUCCCUACUUUUCCCUCGUCUCCCCCCUUUCCUUUCCUCCUCUUCAUCUCCCUCUCCCAGCCUUCCUUUCCCGCUUCCCUCCUCUCUACCCUCCAUCGUACAUAAUUCUAAUACUACCUUACCCCUCGAGGACUGUCAAUAUCCUCCUGCUUUUUUGGGUCUUGCAUAUACACCGCAUCACCAGUGUACAGCCGUUAAGAAUCCGCGAAUCCACGCGACUUGACCGGAGUUGUGCUGUGGGGCAUCAUUUCCCAGCUUGGCUGAUUUCCACGCUAAGACUAGGGCCAAACAUCGUCUUUGCCCUGUCAAGUUUACACCUUUCCCUGCACCCAACCUCCAUCAUCAAUCCUCUGUUUCUUCGAGGCGAUCCCACCCCCCCGGCUUCACCACCCUCAACCCUCGUCAUCAGGCUGCCUCUUCGCGUGUUUUUGUUUAUACUCAUCGAUUGACACGUGCAGUAUCACUUUCUGUACAGAUUUUCUUAUUACAGCGGUGACUGGCGCGCCCGGAAACUUACGUGAUUCGGGUCUUUUCAAGAUCCGACCUCCAACGUCAACAAACUCAUAUAUGCCCUUAUUUUAAAGCCGUUCCACGCCCAGUCUUGUGAAAUACCUGCCAGGCCUGCUUUGGCAACCUUGCAUAAUACCUUGUUGCUCGGGGUUGGACAAGAAUUCACGCG